CCUACAACUUCAAGUGAGUGUUAUAUAUAACAUACAUUAUGCUUGUGCACCUUCCACUUUAUUCUCGUAAUCAUUGAGCUAUGUUUGUGCAGUUUCCACUUUAUUCUCCUAAUCAUUGAUCUUCACCUUGGAGUCGUAAAAGUCAUGGACUCGAAACGUAAAGAAUAUGCGGAAUGGGCGGACAUGGCUGCCAUCCUCCAGAGGGCUUGGAAACGGUUCAUCAAUACUGUUCCGGGUAAAUGGAAACCGGAGCUUACAUUUGAAGAUUACACUUGUAUGAGGCAGGAACAAGGGAAUAACUUAUGUGGAUACUACGUCUGCACCUUCAUGCGUGACAUGGCCUGUCCCAAGGGUGGGGAUGCCCAAAUACACCACACUCGUAUGACACGCCUGCGGGACACUUUCAUAACAGCGGAUCAAAUAAAAGCAAUUCAAGAGGAAAUCGCGGGAUUCUUUAUUACCGAGGUCCUUACCCCAGGUGGAGAGCACUAUCGGAAGAUCGUGACGGCGGAGGAUAUUCGUCGAGGAGAUGUUGUAUUGUAAAUAUGCAUGCAUUACGUGUACUGUGUUGACUAUGUCGUGUACUGUUGACGAUGUCUAUAUAUAUUCAUGACGAUUUUUUGUGGUUUCUUGAAUGAUAUAUAUGCAUUGCUGAA